GGGCGGUGACGCGGCCCGCGGGUGUGGAGGGGGAGUCGGGGGCGCUCCUGGCGGCGACGCGGCCCCGUUCAGGGGCGGCAGAGGCGGAGGUCACAGGCCGGGCGCGGCAUGUCGUGAGCUGCGCGGGGCCGGCAGCGGACGCGCGGCGCGCAGGAUGGACCGGCGCCGGGCUCUGGAGCUGUACCGGGCCCCGUUCCCGUUGUACGCGCUGCAGAUCGACCCCGGCGCGGGGCUGCUCAUCGCGGCCGGCGGAGGAGGUGCUGCCAAGACCGGCAUCAAGAACGGCGUGCACUUUCUGCAGCUAGAGCGGAUUAAUGGGCGCCUGAGCGCCUCCUUGCUGCACUCCCAUGACACGGGAACACGGGCUACCAUGAACUUGGCACUGGCAGGUGACAUCCUUGCUGCGGGACAGGAUGCCCACUGUCAGCUCCUGCGCUUUCAGGCCCGCCAGCAGAAGGGCAAGAAGGCUGAAAAGGCAGGUUCUAAAGAGCAGGGACCUCGACAAAGGAAGGGAGCCACCCCAGAAGAGAAGAAAUCUGGAGCCGAAACCAAGCAUGAAGGCAUGGAACUCAAAGUGGAGGAUUUGCAAGCCGUGAGGACAGACUUCAGCCCUGAUCCACUGCAGAAAGUUGUAUGCUUCAAUCGCGACAAUACUCUGCUUGCUACAGGAGGGACAGAUGGCUGCAUUCGUGUCUGGAAGGUACCUAGCCUGGAGAAAGUUCUGGAAUUCAAAGCCCACGAAGGAGAAAUUGAAGACUUGGCUCUCGGGCCUGAUGGCAAGUUGGUGACAGUGGGCUGGGACUUUAAGGCCUCUGUGUGGCAGAAGGAUCAACUAGUAACACAGUUGCACUGGCAAGAAAAUGGACCCACAUUUUCGGAGACGCCUUACCGCUACCAGGCCUGCAGGUUUGGGCAGGUUCCAGACCAGCCUGGUGGACUGCGACUCUUCACAGUGCAAAUCCCCCACAAGCGCCUGCGCCAGCCCCCGCCCUGCUACCUCACAGCCUGGGAAGGCUCCACCUACUUGCCCCUUCGGACCAGGCCCUGUGGCCAUGAAGUCAUCUCCUGCCUGAGUGUCAGUGAAUCGGGUACCUUCCUAGGCCUGGGCACUGUCACUGGCUCUGUUGCCAUUUACAUCGCUUUCUCUCUUCAGCGCCUCUACUAUGUGAGGGAGGCCCAUGGCAUCGUGGUGACCGAUGUGGCCUUUCUGCCUGAGAAGGGUCGUGGUCCAGAGCUUCUUGGGUCCCAUGAAACUGCCCUUUUUUCUGUGGCUGUGGACAGUCGUUGCCAACUGCACCUGCUACCCUCACGGCGGAGUGUUCCUGUGUGGCUGCUGCUCCUGCUGUGUGCCGGGCUUAUUGUUGUCACCAUCCUGCUGCUCCAGAGUGCCUUUCCCGGUUUCCUGUGACCUCUCUGCCCCGUGGAACCCGGGAGCCCAGACACCGCUACUUUCCAGAGCACAGCGGGGGCCUGGACUCACAGUGCUCGCUCCAUUUGAGCCCACAGCUGAGGCUGCCUCUGGUGAGACUUUCUCAGUUAAAGACUGUUGUGGUCCUGUGUAACUCUGAGUCCCCAGAGCCCCGCAUUCAUCUCCUGUGGAUCCACCCAGGACAGAGGUAUCUACCGGCUUCCGUCCUCUGCUAUCAGAGGCUUCAGAGUUGAGCUUGUCCUUCUCCAGAAACAUGUGAAGGUGCCCAAGAGCCUGGAGGCGCUGCCAUCCUUCCGACGGAAGCUACCAGUCUCUCCUCCACCCCCCAGCAACCUUCACAUGAAGCCCCUGGCUUCUGCUGGGACAAGGACCAGCCCGAUCAUCUCUGUUAGGGUGAGAAGGGGCAAAAAGAGAACUCGGCUGCGGCCUAGGCAGGUAGCACCAAGCCAGCCAGUUUAAAUACACAGUGAGUUUCCGCAUGGUCUACUCCAGGCUUAAGGAAAGG